GUACUCGGACCCAGAAUGUAAAUAGUCUAAACUCACGAAAACGUUCUACUUUCCCUCUCAAAACUCCCUCUCUCAUAAAUCUAAUUAAAUCCCUAAUUCAAUAAUAUCAAUUCAAAACCAUUCUUUCGUUUUCCUUGAUUAAAAGUCGCUUUCUCUACAGUGCGAUCGGAAACGAUGGCGGCGAAUCUGACGGCGGGAGCGAUUGCGAAGAUGCUGAGCGGAGAAGUGACGGGGGAGAAAGAGAUGACGCCGAUCCUGCAAGUGACGGAGAUAAAGAUGAUCCAGCAAGCGCGGAGGAACCAGGAGCUAAGCGUGGAAAGGUACAAGGUCGCCUUGUCCGACGGGAUCCAGUCGCAAGAAGGUAUGCUUAGCGCUGCCUCGAACGCUCUCGUCAAGCAAGGGAGUAUUCAAAUCGGAUCGAUUCUUAGACUCACUGGAUUCAACUGCAGCCCCGUGCGGAAUCGAAGGAUUGUUAUUGUUAACGAACAAGAGAUUAUUGCGGAGAAAUGUAAUAUCAUUGGGAAUCCUCUUCAAAUGUUGACUCCUAAUGCACAAAGCAAUAGUGUAGCUAGUUCACCUCAAGCCCAAGUUGCUCAAAGACAAGCCUUUGGUACUGCUACUGGUUCUAACCAGCAACAGGCUACAAGGAGUGAGUUCAAUGGUGUAGCCAGUUUACCUCAACCUCAAGCUGUUCAAAGACAAUCCUUUGGUUCUGGUACUGGUUUUAACCAGCAACAGGCUACAAGGACUGAAGUCAAUAGUGUAGCCAAUUCAUCUCAAGCUCAAGUUGUUCAAAGACCAUCCUUUGGUACUAGUUAUAACCAGCAACAGGCUACAAGGAGUGUAGCCAAUUCAUCACAAGCUCAAUUUGCUCAAAGACAACCCUUUGUUUCUGGUACAUCACCUUCUGCUGGGCCAUACGUGAGCAACUCAAAUAAUGGUUACGGAAGCUCUAGGCAGGAGCAGACUUAUUAUUCUCGUCCACCGGUUCAGCCUCAACCACCAUCUAUGUAUGCUAACAGGAGUCCAGUGGCUAGGAAUCAGGCUACUCCAAUGAUAAUUCCCAUUGCUGCUCUUAACCCUUACCAGGGUCGGUGGACUAUUAAGGCUAGGGUCACGAGUAAAGGAGAGCUUAAGCAUUAUAAUAAGACCCAUGGGGAUGGGAAGCUAUUCAGUUUUGAUCUCCUUGAUGCUGACGGUUGGGAGAUUCGUGUUACUUGUUUCAACGAGAUGGUUGAUAAGUUCUUUGACGUGAUUGUUGUUGGUAACGUUUAUCUGAUCUCAAAGGGAACUUUGAAGCCUGCUCAGAAAGAGUAUAAUCAUCUCCCUAAUGACUAUGAAUUACGGUUAGAGAAUGGGUCAACUGUAGAGCAAUGCUAUGAGGAUGAUGCGGCCAUUCCGCGGAAUAGAUUCCGUUUCCGUUACAUAAGUGAUGUUGAGAACAUGGAGAGCAAUAGUAUCGUUGAUCUUAUUGGUAUUGUGUUGUCCAUCUGUCCGACUGGCUUGAUUAUGCGGAAGAGCGGAACUGAGGUGCAGAAGAAGGCACUUCAGUUGAUGGAUAUCUCAGGGAGAAGCGUUGAAGUAACUAUGUGGGGUAACUUCUGCAACGCAGAAGGACAGAUACUGCAAAGUCUUUGUGACUCUGGUGCAUUCCCGGUUCUUGCUGUGAAGGCGGUUAGGAUCAGUGAGUUUAACGGGAAGCAAGUGAGCACCAUUGGAUCAAGUCAACUCUACGUAGAACCAGAUUUCCCUGAAGCAAGAGAAGUGAGGGAGUGGUAUGAGAGAGAAGGACGUAACGCUCCAUGUAUCUCGAUAUCUAGAGUUUAUACCGGCGCUGGCAGACAAGAUGUUCGCAAGGUGAUCACUCAAAUCAAGGAAGAGAAUCUAGGGACCUCAGAGAAGCCAGACUGGAUCACAGUCACUGCCACCAUUUCAUUCAUGAAGGUUGACAAUUUCUGCUACACAGCUUGUCCCAUCAUGAACGGAGAUCGUCCAUGCAGCAAAAAGGUUACUAAUAACGGAGACGGGACUUGGCGGUGCGAGAGAUGUGACAAAUGCGUGGAUGAAUGUGACUAUAGGUAUAUAUUGCAGCUACAGUUACAGGACCAUACGGGAGUAACCUGGGCCACAGCAUUUCAGGAAGCUGGUGAGGAGAUAAUGGGAAUGCCUGCGAAAGAUUUGUAUUAUCUGAAGUAUGAGGAACAGGAUGAGGAGAAGUUUGAAGACAUCAUCCGCAAGGCUGCUUUCACCAAGUACAUCUUCAAGCUGAAGAUUAAAGAAGAAACUUAUGGUGACGAACAGCGUGUGAAAGCAACGGUUGUGAAAGCUGAGAAGCUGGACUACUCUCAAGAUACCAGGUCCCUCCUAGAGGAAAUACAUAAACUCAGAACGGAAACUAUGAACCCAGAGAGUUCCAACUACAGGUCUAGUGCAUAUAACUCAGGUAUGGGAACCUCAGUGGACGUGCCACGCAGAGAAUUUGGGUUACCUGCAGCAAAUCAAUUCAGUAGCGACCCAAGACCUCUAGGCGGUAUGAUUUUGUGUGGCGCAUGUGGGAGUAAUGGUCAUGUUUUUGCUAACUGCCCAAGCUUUAUGAGUGAGCCACAAGGACAACACUAUGUGAGCACACAGGGGAGAAACACAGGAAGAGGCAUGCCAAGGCAACAUGUUGGCAGUAGCUACUGAAAGACUUUAGUAACUAUAUCAUCUCCAUCAUUAUCUUUAUACAUUUGGAUACUCAGGUCAGAGGCUGCUUUGACCGUUUCAAGUUCACUUUAGUUUUCUUUUUCUUGGUGCU